AUGACAGACCAAACUUUGCAUCUGCCCCGAAUUCUAUGUCUGCACGGUGGUGGGACAAACGCACGCAUCUUCAAGGCGCAAUGCCGAAAACUCAUUGCCCAUCUCUCAGCAGACUUUCGCCUGGUCUUUGCAGAAGCGGCUUAUGCAUCACAAGCAGGGCCAGAUGUAAUGAGUGUCUACAGCACUUGGGGUCCCUUUAAGCGAUGGCUGAGAUGGUUGCCUAUACACCCUGAAGUCAGGCCAGAAGAAGUCGUCGAGGAACUGGAUCUCUCGUUGAAGACUGCAAUGACAGAAGACGAUGCACUCGGUGCCACGGGCGAGUUUGUUGGUUUGCUGGGAUUCAGCCAAGGAGCAAAAGUGUGCGCGAGUAUCCUCUAUCGACAGCAGGAAAGCCGGGAGGAGUGUCAAAGUCGGAAUCGAUUAUACAACUUUCGAUUCGGGAUCUUGUUCGCAGGCAGAGCGCCCUUGAUAUGUCUUAGUCCAGAAGCUCCUAUUGGGAUUUCUCUUCCAGACGCUUCCCAAAUCACCGACGUGAAAGAGUUCACCCGGCCAGACCCAGGCGUGCACAAUACAAGUCAUGUUUUACGAAUUCCUACCCUACAUGUUCACGGGAAACAAGAUCCAGGUCUGCAUCUCCACAGACAGCUAUUUGAGCAGUUUUGCGAUCCAAUGACCAGAAGAUUGGUCGUAUGGGAUGGGAAUCAUCGUUUGCCGUUGAAAUUUAGUGAUGUAGCUCCAAUUAUUCAUGAGCUUCGUGAGCUUGUUGAAGAGGCGAACAGUUUCUUUGAUGAGACGCAUCACAAGGAGAGGUUAUGGAUGGGGAGAACGUGUCUUUAG